AUGAGAGCUCUCUCAAGCGGUGUGCGAGGUAUGACCGAUGCCCAACUCAUGACACAUACAGCUGGUAACGAUAACUACCCCCUUUUCUCGAUCGUCACCUCCAACGUAGUAAAGAUGGUACACCUCAUCGAUUUCCUUAGCCUGGGUGAGGGUCGUUUGCAAAACCUGGUUUCAUGGCCAACCUUCACCGCUGAAGGUGGAAGUGCAUUUUUGCAGUAUCUACCUCCGCGUGAUCCCAAUUCGUGA